UGACGUCUAGUUCAGUUCAGUCUGGUUUGCGAUGUUUUCAUUGCAGUAGGUUAUGCGAAAUGAUGAAUAAAAUCGUCUAUAAUCUCCAGUAAUUGUGAUAACAAACAAAUCGAAUAAAAAAGGAGAGAAUUUGUUCAUAGUGUGUAAUUAGUAGCACGUCGAAUAUCUAUAUAAGUUCAACAUGUUAGGAAACGCAUUUGAUUUUGGUAAAACUGUUUUGCGUAGUUUAUUAAAUUCAGAACCACCAUCCACCAAAGUUUUGGAUGUGGGGACAGAUGCUUACUCUUCUAGAAAUGUUCUGUACAGAGAGGAAGGAUUGAUACUCUAUGGACCUGGCAGUGAUAAGAAGGAUAAAUUUGAGAUUCUACUCAACAAACCAUACACAGAAAGUCUGCAUCAAGCAUUUAGUUUGUAUCGUUCUGCGGAGAAGGAAGAAGCAGAAAAUAAAUUUGUAUGCUUCAAAGACAAAGUACCCACAUUCGUAGUCAUUGCAAAAGAAAUGACGAAUUUGAAUGGCCUACAACGACUAUGUGAUACUCUAACUGAACACCCGGAAUGGACAUUGGCACAUCUAGCAGCGCAGUUCGGCUUGACCGAUGCGUUUCAACACUCGGCCGUCAACAGCCAAUUGAAUAGUAGCGAUACACUCACUGGAAUGUCCCCCUUGCAGGUUGCAAUCACGACCAAUCAGAUUCACAUAGUCAAAGCACUAAUUAAUUCAAAAUGCUCCUUGGAACAUAUGGAUCAUCAAGGAAACUCCGUCUUUCAUUAUGCUGCAAACACCAAUAAGGAAAUUAUAGCUGCACUGAUCCAAGGCAAUUCAUCAUCGAAGAAUGCUCGCAAUCACAACGGUCACACUCCGCUGCAUUUGGCAUGUUUAGCCGACAAACCCGAAUGCGUGAAGGCAUUGUUGCUGGGAGGCGCCGACGUGAAUAUCUCAGCCAAUUUGGAAGGUGGCGCAGAACCAGCGCCCGGAUACGUAGGCAACUUUUUGCAAGACUAUCCGAAUGUGUUGAGCUCACAGGAUAUGAAAUUCGGCGGUACACCAUUACAUUGGGCGUCAUCGCGUCUGGUAAUUGAUGCACUGGUCGACGUAAACUGUAAUUUAGACGCCCGGAACUUUGAGGAGCGCACUGCUUUGCACGUAAUGGUACUACGUAAUCGCCUAGAAUGUGUGGUUGCGUUGCUCAGUCGUAAUGCGGAUCCUGACUUAGGCGACUGCGAUGGUAAUCGACCAAUCCACUUGGCGGUCAAAGAAGGAAACAUAUCCAUCAUUCAGAGUUUGAUUAUUUUCGGCGCCAAUCUCGAUGUUCUGAACAAUGCGGGCCAAACUGCUCGCCAUUUGUUGAAAAGAGAUCAGGAAACAAAGUUGUUAUAUCUGUUACAUGACGUGGGCGCUGCACGUUGUCCGCCAGACAUGACUGAUUGCACUGACGGAUGCAGGCAUGAUGGCGAUUUCAAUGGGGAACGUCCACCAGCAGUCAUGGGACCAACAAAUCGUGAUAUUUUAAACCAAAUGCUCUCUGUGAAUGCAGUUGACUUGGCCGCGCAUAAAGAAACUAGGAAGCCUGGUAGAAUGUUAGCUUUGGACGGCGGUGGAAUUCGAGGACUCGUGUUAAUUCAAAUGCUCUUAGAAAUAGAAAAGGUUAUCAACAAACCCAUCAAUAAUUGCUUUGAUUGGAUAGCAGGCACAAGUACUGGUGGAAUAUUAGCUCUAGGUAUUGCAUCCGGCAAAACCAUGAAAGAGUGUUUAUGCCUGUAUUUCCGCAUGAAAGAAAUAACAUUCGUCGGUCUGCGUCCAUAUCCCAGUGACGCGCUAGAGAAUGUUUUAAAGGACGCGUUUGGCACCAAUACCGUUAUGGCAGAUAUAAAACAUCCAAAAGUACUAGUAACUGGUGUGUUAGCUGACCGCAAACCUGUUGAACUUCACCUGUUCCGCAACUAUGAAUCACCAAGCGACGUGUUAGACAUAAAACAGGAGUCGCCGUUUGAGCUGCCACCGCCGCCCCAAGAGCAAUUGUUAUGGCAUGUUGGUCGUGCAACCGGUGCUGCCCCAACAUAUUUCCGCGCAUUUGGAAGAUUCCUCGAUGGUGGACUCAUCGCAAACAAUCCAACUCUGGAUGCUUUGACUGAAAUCACUGAAUUGAAUCUUGCGCUGCGUGCCAGAAAUAGAGCCGAUGAAGUUACAGAUCUUUCUGUUGUCUUGAGUUUAGGCACUGGAAUGAUUCCAACCACACAAUUGAAGGUAGACUUUUAUCGUCCGGAGAGUAUUUGGGACAGUGCAAAAUUAGUGUUUGGUAUAUCGGCGUUGGGUAGUUUGUUGGUUGAUCAGGCGACUGCAAGUGAUGGCCGCGUAGUAGAUCGAGCGCGCGCGUGGUGUUCAUCAUUAGGAGUUCCCUACUAUCGAUUCUCUCCGCAAAUGUCUGAAGAUAUUUCGAUGGAUGAGAGAACUGAUGAGAAAUUGGUCAAGAUGCUGUGGGAGACCAAGGCGUACAUGCACGAAAACAUUAAAGUAAUCCGAGAAGUUGGUAAUUUGGUAGCCGGUUAAUGGUGUUCUAGUUUCAUUUUAAUAAUUAGGGAAUUAGGAUACACGUACACAUGCAUCAUUGUACUGCAGGCUAGUAGCCUGGCUAAAAAUUGAAUUGAUUUAUGUAGAUGCUUAUAGAUGUUAUAAUAUUUGUGAUAAAUGUUGUUACCACCCUAUUUACUUAGCAAAAUUUAGUUAGGUUCUCACGAAUGAUAUACUCACAUGCGCAGUUUAGCCAAGUGAUUGAAAGAAGUGGAAUUAUUUGUGAAACAAUAUAGAUACGAACAAAUCACACUAACAUUGCAAAAUUAAAUUGUGUUCACCAAUCACCUACAGAAAAUCCUAAACGAUCCGACAAUACUAUUUCUAUGUCUUGUUAUCAAAUAUAUUUGUCAUUUUAAAAGAA